AGAUGGCGGCGACGCGCAUCCCAAUCAAGCGUGUCAACUCUAAAUCGCCGCUGCGGCGGCGGCGUAGUCAGAUAAAAGAGAGCCGAUCCCGCAGUCCCGUUGACGACUCCCGGCGACGACAACGUUGAAGAAACGUAUUUCACGGAUACGUUUUGGUACGAGACUUGCUUGGCCAUUUCAUCACAUAACUCUUCAGCACGGAAACACGAAACACAGCCCACGUUGUUGGUAAAGACCCAAGACAGCAAACUAUGCGCUCAAUCACCACAGCCAUCGCCCUCCUCUGCGCCCUCGCGGCCCAGUCACUGGCUCAGAACAACGGCAUCACGCCGCUAACAUGCCGGCAAGAGACCGUUGAAUGCUCGUCAAACGAAGACUGCAAUGCCAAAGGCACGCUGGGAGGGUUCCCCUGCCCGGCCGGGUCUGGCCAGAACGACGCAGACUGCUGGGUCGCGUCGUCCAGCGAGUCGCCUUUGAUGACAGUGAGCUGUUGGUGCUGCAGGCCGUCCACCAAGCUGCGGUUCCGCGCCUAGACGGGCCUUUUACAACUCUAGGCAGUCAGCCAGUCCCUCGACGUGAUGAUCCGGAGAAGUUGCAUCAAGUGGAAACAUUCAAAGGGCGCAGUUCAC